AUGAGUGAACCAUACGGGCAUUUGCCCGAGCUUACCCCCGAGCUUGACGACUGGUCGACAACUGUGCGCAAGUUGGUCGCCUCUCUUAGUACGUUAACUAUCAAUGAGACAGCACGCACAGAGUCACAGAUCGUGACUGACAGCACUGUGACUGACUCGGACAAUCACAAACAUCCAUCUUCCCAAAUUGGCAAUGGUGAUUCUCUCAGGAAGGUGUCCUCUGACCCUACUUUAGGCUCCCAGGCCUCUGGUAAUCUUCCUGCUUCCUCGUCUUAUCCUUCUCUUUCUUCGGUCCCAUCCUCUUUUAUCUCCUCCCAUCACCGAAGUUCAUAUUCUUCUUCUACCAUCCAUCCUCCAGUAUCUUCCUCUUUACCCCUUCAUCUUCCUGCAAAAUCUAUUGACCCAGCACCUGGGCCCUAUCCAAAUCCUCUCAAAUUCAGACCCCAGGUCGACUCAGCUCUCGACCAUCAGACUCAAGUCAAUCAGUCUCAAGCUUAUCAUAUUCCUUUGGAGUCGAUACCUCCUCGGAUUUACCACAAUCCUCUGGGCCUUGCUCCUCAGUGGUACAAAACAAGGAUCCUCGAACCCGAUUUCUCUACAUUCGACGGCAUCAACAUGGGUUGGCCAUUUCAGCCGGGUGAGGUCCCCAAUAAUGGGGAUUUUGAACGGUUUGAAAGUUCUUCGAUUGAAGAGCUCUUGCAGCCUUGUUCAAUUCCUUUCGGUAGCAUCGCCGAGAUGCACACACCUUCUCGAAAUGGUGUGUUGAUGAUUUCUAAUAUCCCUUACACUGUGACUCGCCAAGAGGUGACUUCGUUCAUUGGACGCAGUGCCAACCUGCUCCCAUCCUCUCAAGGAUGUCCGAUUCACAUCAUCAUGGAACGAUCCACCGGUAAGACCAUGGACUGCUAUGUUGAAUUCCGAAACAUCAAAGAUGCCGAAGACACCGUCAAGCGUAUCAAUCACACAUAUGACGCUGGCAGCACCCCACGUAUGGGCAAUCGCCAUGUUGACAUCGAGCUCAGCACCCCGGCCAAGCUGCAUAAGGCUAUCUUUCCCCGGGCAAAGUGCAUUUCAUGGGAGAAUGGAAAGCCUGUUCAGCUCGUCAACAAAGAUGAGUGGUCCACUGGAUUUGAUGGCUUCCUCACCGACGAGGAACUGUUUUGCCUUGUUCGUCACGCAGAGCAACCUCACCGUAGUGUAUUUGCCAGUAAGGUUCCACAGCGUUGUUACGAAUCUUUCAUCACUACCGUCUGGAAGUUCCCGUGGCACGCAACUCAUCUUUACACUGUGCAUCACCGCAAUGCGAUUUUCAAGACCCUUGGUACUUUGAUCAAGACUCUCGCGGACCGUAUGCAAAAGUCAAACACAGUUGGUCUUGAUGUCCGCCUCCUUAGCGAGUUGGUGCAUGCAGGAAUUCAUUGCCCUGGUUUCAAUCCUCGCAUGAAAUAUUGCUUCGCUUGGUGGUCGCGCGAUAUUAACGCGAUUGCGAUAAUGGACCAUGACUGGUGCCUUUAUUUCCCCUUUGACAGCUUGGUCUACAUUCCUGGACACGGUCCUGCAGCCAUCCAGUUCUAUGCUUACAUCAUGUCUAACGGAUCUGUUCUGCGCACUGAGAGUGACGGUCUCAUCAACAAGCAUACUCACCCCGAGAUCGAGCAGAUCUUCGGAAAGUUCUGGUUUGAGUGGGAUGACAACGUUGCCCGCAACAAGGUCUUCAGGGAUGCGAUCAAUUACGAAGCGACUGUUCUUCGGAAGUUCAUCAUUACUGGAUUUCAACAGCUACAUAAGAGAAAAUCCAGCAUCUCGACCAUUGGAACUGCUCCUGGCUCCUCACCAACCCACAGUGUGACCUCUGUUGAUAGUGAGCGCACUAUUUCGGCAUCUCGCGGUGCCUCCGUGGACCCCAGCCGUGCCUCUCGGGAGACCUCGAUUGGCCAAGCUGGCAACAACCGGAAUGUCCCUGGUACCUCUCGCGUUAGCUCUCAACGCAUUGAUGAAUAUCCUCCGGACACCCCCACUCCUCGUCCUCGUGCAUCGGCCGCUCCCUACCGUCCCCCACACCAGCGUGAUCCCUCCGUGGCAACCAAGCCUCGCAACUUCAGCUGGCGUUUGUCUCAGUCUGAGGAGGUACCUGUGGCAGGCUCGACUCACGGCCAGUCUCCAAUCCGGCCUAUCUACCAUGCUCCUCACCAGACUGCGCAGAACGUCCGAUCGUCCUCGGACCCUUUCGGACCCGUCCCCCCGGUUCCUCGCACUGGCCACCGAUCUCGUUCUGACGCUACUCGUCUGUCGAACGUUGAUCACAAGGCGUUUGAUGAGAUUCGGGCUGCCAAACGUUCCGGCAAGAAGUAA